GUUUGGACUCUUCGAGAUUGCACGUUGAUCAAAGCAAACUCGGAAAAUCAGGUCUUUCCCAUUGAAGAAGAAGAACUGAAAGAGGAAAUCAAGUAAAAGAGAAAAUGUCAAGAGAGAAAUCAAGAAAAGCCACUCUUCCUCAUGUUCAAGAGAAUAUUGAUAAAUUAGAGAAAGCUAUAAAUGAGGGUAAUUUCUAUGGAGCUCAGCAGAUGUACAAGUCUAUAAGUGCACGAUAUGUAUCUGCUCAAAGAUAUUCUGAGGCCUUGGAUCUGCUUCAUUCAGGUGCAUGCCUUCAGUUGAAGCAUGACCAGGUUACUUGUGGGGCAGAGCUUGCAGUAUUGUUUGUUGAGACACUUGUCAAAGGGAAAAUUCCAUAUGAUGAAGGCAUCCUUGAUCGUGUCAGGAAAAUCUAUAAGGUGUUUCCUCAGAUUCCAGUUCCUAGAAACUUGACAGAUGAUGAUGAUGUUCAAGAACUUACUGAAGCUCUUGGGGCAGCAAAAACACGUCUGCAAGGCUGCUCAUCAUUCUUAAAAGCUGCGAUAAAGUGGUCUGCAGAGUUUGGCGCUCACAGGAAUGGUGAUCCACAACUGCAUGCUAUGCUGGCUGAAUACAUAUAUUCUGAAUCUCCUGAGUUGGACAUGGCCAGAGUGUCAUAUCAUUUUGUUAGAGGAAAAAACCCAAAGAAGCUUGCAUCUACUUUAGUAGAUUUCAUGAGCAAGUGUUAUCCUGGUGAAGACGACAUAGCCAUUGCACGAGCAGUUCUUAUGUAUCUGUCGAUGGGUAAUCUUCGCGAUGCUAAUUACCUUAUGGAUGAAUUAAAGAGACAAGUGGCAUCCCAAGAGCUUGAUUUCCCCCAAUCGGAUUUGAUUCAGUUUAUCACUUUUCUCUUGCUAACGUUGGAAAGAGAUGCCUUGCCUCUUUUUAAUAUGUUGAAAGGUAAUUACAAGUCUAGCAUAGAGAGAGAACCUCCAUUCAACGAGUUGCUAGAUGACAUUGCUGAAAAGUUCUAUGGUGUACAGCGUAGAAAUCCCCUUCAAGGGAUGUUUGGCGACUUAUUCAAGAUGAUGUGAUGAGCAAUAACAUGGCAUCAGCUUGAAUCUCUCGGUAUCUUUGACGGAUCCAGAAUGCAGGUUUCAUUGUGCCUUUGGUUUGGACUUUCUGAUUAGUUUGGUACUUGAGAAGCAAUUUCUUUUGAUACCAACAUAUAUAAUAUACUUUAGUCCUAUAAACCAUGAAAACUGUCGUUAUUGA